AUGAUUGCAAUCAAUUAUUUGGUAUUGUUGUUAUCAACAUUUUCUUUCGUUUUUUCAAAUGAAUGUUUCGACCAAUCAUUGCAAGAAAUCUUAGGUGAUACUCCUUCAGCUCCUGUUGAAUCAGGAAUUGAAGUUGUUUUUGUUUACGCCGAGAAAUUGGUUAAGAUUGUAGAAGGUGUAGAUGAAAGCUAUGCUAGUUCAAUUGCUGGUGCUGCUAGUUCAAUUGCUGGUGCCGCUAGUUCAGCUGGUGCUGCCAAUGGGUUAUCUGCUUCAACUACUUUAGCUGUUAAACCUUCAAGUUGUCAAACAACUGAAACCCCUGAUGUUACUAAAUUGUGUACCAGAUGUUCAGUUGCUACUAUUGUAAGAACUGAUAAGACCGUGAAAACCGUCCUUUAUUCAGCUUCGUCAACUCAGCCUUGUUCUCAAUCUGAUCAAACCUUACUGUCUUUAACAAGUAAAAGAAAUCCUGUUACUAGUCAAAGUGCUGUCAGUUCUAGUGCUACCUAUUCUGCCACUACCUUGACCGAUGUCAGUUCAAAUUCUGGAGUUAUCGCUUCAAUUUCAAGUUAUUUACUUGGUAGUUCAACAAAAGUUUCAACCAGUGUCAGUGGUUCCAGUUCAGCCUCAAGAUCUAGCUCAGCUUCCAGUGGGCCAGCUUCAAGUGACCCAGCUUCAAGUGACCCAAGUUUGAUUACAAGCUCAGCCUCAAGCUCAGUUGGUGUUUCAAGUUCUGCUGAAAGUAGUUCAGAUCCAAGUAGUUCAGAAAUCAUCAGUUCCAGUUUUGGUUACUUCAACAGUUCAAGUUCAAUUGAAGAAUCCUCAAGUGUUGAAUCUUCAUCAGUAUCCAGUGUUGAAAUUAGUGAAUCUAGCAGUGAAUCAAGUUCUGAAUCAAGCUCUGAAUCAAGUUCUGAAUCAAGCUCUGAAUCAAGUUCAAGCUCAUUAGAAUCCAGUGAAUCAGAUUCAAGCUCAUUAGAAUCUUCAAGUGAACUCCCUUCAAGUUCAAGUGAAUCAAGUGACGUUGCCUCCAGUUCCACUGAAACUGUCUUCAUCACUGCCAGAUCUUUAGGUGUUGACCCAAACAAUUACAUCAAUGAAAUUUUUGUCCCAGUCUCCGACGACGAACCUCCAGCACAAUUUUCUCGUGUUGCCAGUUCUUUCAGUUUGAAAUCAGGUAUUGCACCCCAACAGGUUUAUGAAACUAACAAGUUCUACACAAAUUUCCUUACUGGUACUCAAACAGAUAUGGUUUGGACUUACCCUUACGGAAUUGCUUUCGAUAAAACUUAUUACGGUUUAUCAAUCCAACACACCGAUCCUUCAACUAGAGUCUUUGGUACUCAAAAUACUAAUAACCCAGAUACCUCAUCCUAUGUAUACAAUCAAAUCCAUACUAAUGAAAUUAUCUUUUCAGCUACCAGUUUUGAUUCUAAUAUUCAAUUAUCAGUAGACAACAUGUUGGAUAUGUCAGCCAACCUUAUACUCAGUGUUCCAGAAAUCAUUCCAAUCAAAAGAGAUUUAUCAUACAUGGAAGUUCCUAUUGUUCAAGGUAUGGGAUUUGUCACUGCUAUCUAUCAUGGUGGUUUGACCCCACAAUUCAAAUCAGCUCAUCAAAUUACCGGUGUGGUUUCUGAAACCGUCAAUUCAAUUUAUAGACUCAGAGUUACUUUGAAUACUGGUUUUGAAUAUCUUAUCUUCCUUACUGCUCCUGACUCCCUGGAUUUAUCUGAUUUAUCAUGGGAAAUCAAUGGUGAUAAUAAUGUAAUUACACUCGAUAGAAGUAUUGAUGGAUUGGUUGUUCAAGCAAGUUUAGCUCCUUCAGAUUCUUCAAUGGAUGUUUAUCUUGAACAAGCAUCAGGUUGUUAUCCUAUUGGAGCUGUCAUGAGUGCUUCAGCUAUUCAAAGUGGUAGACUCGUCAAAUAUGGUUGGGAUUAUGAAAAUCAAGGAAGUUCAAUCUCCAUGGCUCCUCUUAUUUACUUAUUACCUCACCAUGUUCAAAACUUAGUUUCUGGAAGUGCCCUUCCUUUCACUAUGCCUUCAACCGUCAAAGGAGAAAUGGUCCCAUUUAUUACCAAUUCAGUUAGAAUGUAUCAAUACUUAGAUACUAACAUCAAUUUCUUACCAUUCGGUUUCAAGUAUACCUUGAAACAAUAUAACCAAAUUAUUUCAGUAUUCAAUGAUGAAAUCAACGUAGACAUUGCUGCCACUGUUGCUAGUUAUUCAUCCAAUUAUUUUGCUGGUAAAGCUUUAGAUAAAUAUGCUUACUUAUUAUUGGUUGCCAGUGAAGUCAUUCAAGAUGAUGAAGUUGCCAGUAAUGUUUUAGAAUCAAUGAAAGAAGCCAUUGCUCCAUAUGUUCUGAAUACUCAAGCUAUUCCAUUCAUUUAUGAUACUAAAUUAGGAGGAAUCACUUCUAGUGUUGAAGAAGAUGGUCAAUCCCAAAAUGAAUACGGUAGUGCUUGGUACAAUGAUCACCAUUACCAUUAUGGAUACUUUGUCCACGCUGCUGCUGUUAUUGGGUAUGUUGAUCAACGUUUAGGAGGAACUUGGGCUCAAGAUAAUAAAGCUUGGGUUGAAUCAUUAAUUAGAGAUGUUUCGAAUCCUUCAAGUCUUGAUACCAAAUUCCCAGUUUCCCGUAUGUUCGAUUGGUACCAUGGUCAUUCAUGGGCUUCAGGAUUAUAUGCCAGUGGUGAUGGUAAGAAUGAAGAAAGUACUAGUGAAGAUUAUAAUUAUGCUUAUGCCAUCAAAUUAUGGGGUAAAGUCAUUGGUAAACCAGCUUUAGAAUCCUUAGGUGGAUUAAUGAUUGGUGUUAGUAGUCAAUCCAUGAAUAAUUACUUCUUAUACACAGAAGGUAAUGCUAAUGUUCCAGGAAAUAUGGCUAACAACAAGGUGAGUGGUAUUUUAUUUGAUAAUAAAAUCGAUUAUACUACUUAUUUCGGUGCUCCAGAUACUCAUCCUGAAUAUGUUCACGGUAUUCAUAUGUUACCAAUCACCCCAGCUUCAAGUUUGGUAAGACGUUCAAAUUUCGUUUCACAAGAAUGGCAAGAUCAAGUAUCAACUUUCAUCGAUAAUGUUGAUGAUGGAUGGAAAGGGAUCUUGAGAUUAAAUCAAGCUCUUUUCGACCCUCAAUCUUCAUUUGAUUUCUUUAGUUCAUCAAAUUUCAACUAUAACCAUUUAGACAGUGGACAAAGUAGAUCAUGGGCUUUAGCUUAUUCUGGAGGUAUGUUGAAUAACUUUGUGCAGUAUUUUAAAUAG